GCCUUCCCCAGAAUCCACAGUGCAGUCAUGAUGCCCAUGGUCGUUCUUCUCCCAAUUUAAAACUUCUUUGCUUCGUUGAUCCCCCUCCAGAAACCCUAACCUCUUUCCUUUCCCUUUUUCCCGCUAUGGAUUUGAACAUUCACCCUGGCGAUGAAUUGAAUUCUUCUCUUUUCUACUUGACAUCCGAUGGCUAUUAUGCAGCCCAUCCUCCUCCUCGCUCCGGUCACUUUGGAGGGGCAGCCAUGCACAACCCAAAGCUAACCAAGUCCGGCCGGGAACCGAUCGGGCGACAAAUCAUGAAGGAGAGGAUUCGUGAGGAAAUCUUAGCGAGGGAGAUGCUAGAAAGGAGGAUUCUGGAGGAGGAAGUGAGGAGAGAGCUCGAGAUUGAGCGCAUUAUGGAAAUAAGAAGGCUGCAGAUGGAGAGGUGGCCGGAGUUUGGCGGCACCAGCGGAAUGGUGAUGCUUGGCGAUCGCCAUGCGCAAACAUUUAUGCCUUCACGGAUAGAGGCAGGGAUGCCGGCGUCUCAUGGGCGUGGGGUUGUGCAGGAUGUCGCGGAGCUUGCAUUUCGUGAGCGAUCCUCGCCUCACCUAACUCAGAAAAAAACAAUGGCUGUAGUGGCACAGUCUGCUUUGCGGCACGAAUCGGAGAAGUUUGCGCCAUCUAAUGAGAAAACAAUUUCAACCUGCAAAUUAUCCGGGCCAAAGCGGAAAGCUCAAGAUGAACUUCUGAUCACCGCGGAGAAAGUGUGGGGCUGUGUCCUCUGUGAGGUAACUGCUUCCAGUGAGGAAGCCCUAAAAGUGCAUCUACACGGUAAAAAGCACAAAGCAAAAGAAGCCUUGCUAAGUUCAAACAAGAAGAAUGGCCUGCCUCAAGAUGAACUUCUGACUUCUGAUCCUGCUGAUAAGGUAUUGGGCUGUUCUCUCUGUGAGGUAUCCACUAACAGUGAAGAAGCCCUAAAAGAGCAUCUGCGAGGUAAAAAGCACAAGGCAAAAGAAGCCUCACUAAAUUUGAACAAGAAGACUGGUGUGAGCAUGCCAUCGCAGGGUGCAUCGGGCAGCGGCUCUGCAAAGAAGCAACAGAAGUUAUGGUGCAGCCUCUGCAAGGUGAAGUGUAAUAGCGCAAUUAUGAUGGAAUAUCACUUUGCUGGAAAGAAACACAAGAAUUUUAUGGAGUUGAAGAAACUUAACAAUGGUGGUGCUAAGACUGAGGCGGUUAACACAGUAGCAAAUGAGAAGCUUGGGGACACUGAAAGCACAGGAGUGAUGAAGGAAAGGUUGGAGAGUGCGCACCAAUCUGCAGCUCCAUGAAGCAUUGGAGUGUAGAUGGAGAAGACUGCAUCCGUAGGUUUAGUAUUAAUUAGAGCCAUUAGAAAUUGUAUCCGAAUUAUGAUUGCUGUCAGGAGUUUAAUACUAUUUUGUGUUUUACUUGGGAUGAUUCCGUAGAAUUCUGGACUUGUUGAAAUUUGAUGGAUGAAACCAUUGAGCAGUAGCUGCUUUAUUUUAUGCAGCAUAUCAGUUUGGUCUGCUUUCUUCAUUUCGAGUUUCCGGAUCUUCCAUGUUUUCAGUUACUGGAUUCUGUACUUUAAUCUCGGAUGGUCAAUUUGUUCCUAGACUUUUUAUUUUCUUACUUCCAUGCGGCACAAUCCCUAUGUAUUCAGUUAUCUAA